AUGUCCACCAAAGGCAAAUACCAGGAGCCGGAGCAGGGGAUGGAUCCCUUUGAGGAAAAGCUGCAGAGGCUGAGGGAGGCCUUCAACACGGGGAAGACAAAGCAGGCCAAGUUCAGGGCUGAACAGCUACGGAGCCUGGGCCGCUUCCUACAGGACAACAAGAAGCAGCUGCAUGACGCUCUGGCUGGAGACCUGGGCAAGGUGCUGUUGGGGCAUUGGUCAGCCUUUGAGUCAGACAUGAGUGAGAUCAUCCUGUGCCAGAAUGAGGUAGACCUGGCCCUCAAGAACCUGCAGACCUGGAUGAAGGAUGAGCCUGUGUCCACCAACUUGCUCACGAAGCUGAGCUCAGCCUUCAUCCGGAAGGAGCCCUUUGGCCUGGUGCUCAUCAUUGCACCCUGGAAUUAUCCUUUGAACUUGAUGAUCCUGCCCCUAGUGGGGGCCAUCGCUGCAGGGAACUGCGUGGUUCUAAAGCCAUCAGAGAUAAGCAAGAACACAGAGAAGGUGCUGGCUGAGCUGCUGCCCCAGUAUCUGGACCAGAGCUGUUUUGCUGUGGUGCUGGGUGGGCCCGAGGAGACCGGGCAGCUGCUGACACACAAAUUUGACUAUAUCUUCUUCACAGGGAGCCCUCGGGUUGGCAAAAUCGUGAUGGCUGCUGCUACCAAACACCUGACACCCAUCACCCUGGAGCUAGGGGGAAAGAACCCCUGCUAUGUGGAUGACAACUGUGACCCCCAGACUGUAGCCAACCGUGUGGCCUGGUUCCGCUACUUCAAUGCUGGCCAGACCUGUGUGGCCCCCGAUUACAUCCUGUGUAGCCAGGAGAUGCAAAAGCGGCUGGGGCCUGCCCUGCAGAAUGCCAUCACACGUUUUUAUGGAGACAACCCACAGACCUCCCCUAACCUGGGCAGAAUCAUCAACCAGAAACAUUUCAAGCGGCUCCAGGGACUGCUGGGCUGUGGCCGUGUGGCCAUUGGAGGCCAGAGCAAUGAGGCAGAGCGCUACAUUGCUCAGCCACCGUGA